UUGGACGCCGUUACCAUACCAUUGCAAGAUCCCAAAACUCAAUAUGUGGAUGAAAGUGAGGACGGAUUUCCGGCGUUUGGUUUCCGAAUGGGAGCAGAUGUGAAAAUGGCAUACAGACAGAUAUUGCCGGAUACAUUAAGUGAAGAGUUCGCAAUCCUUAUAAACGCCAAGCCCGGAUCAAGAAAUGGUGGAUUUGUUUUUGCCGUUGUCAAUGCCAUGGAAUCCAUUGUCGAACUGGGCGUGAGAAUUGCACCAGACAACGGGUCAUCAACAAUCCUCAGUCUUUUUUACACGGACGUGACCACAGACGUCACAUCUCGAGCUCUUGCCAACUUUACCGUUCCGAAAUUCGUCCAGAAAUGGACAAAGUUUGCGUUCCGAGUAACGUUAGACGAUGUUACCUUGUUUUUCAAUUGCACCGAAACCGAAACUGUGUCAACGCAGAGAAUGCCAUUGAAGUUGAACUUUGGCUCAGCUUCGACACUAUAUUUGGCCCAAGCUGGACCGCUGAUUGGUGAUGCUUUCGAGGGGGCGUUAGCCCAUGUGAAAAUAUACAGAGAUCCACGGAUGGCUGCCGAACAAUGUAAAACGGAUUUCCAGGAUAUUACUGUCUUGCACGACGCGGAUUUAGAUAAUAGUUUAGAGAAUAACGAAGUUGAAGAAGACGAGUUUAGUAAUGACAUAAACAGUUAUGUGGAACGAACAGAUUACCCCCCUUUCCGUAGAGAAGACCCCGAUGGCCUGGGGACAUUUCCGCCGCCACCGCCCCCGCCAGACGGUAAGGGCUGUUUGUGCGGUGCCAACGAAAACUGUUGUAAUUUUAUUUUUAACGAUUUGCAAGCAGCAGGAAGGUAUAGAAACGAGAAAGGCGAAAGAGGGCCACGGGGACCACCCGGAGAAUCCAUUCGAGGACCUCCAGGACCCCCGGGGCCAGCAGGCCUACCAGGACUAGCUGGUCCAGAGAACACAUGUACCUGCAAUGCUACAUCCAUACUUAGUUCAAUUGGAAUCAGCCUUCCAUAUUCUCCACCCCUCCCGGCACUCUCAGGAAAAGAAGGCACUCCUGGAAUACCGGGAGUACCGGGGAGGCCGGGAGAAAAAGGCUUGAUGGGUCCGAGAGGCGAAAAAGGAGAAAGAGGUGACAGGGGGGCUCCAGGGCCGCCAGGUCCGCCCGGGCCAAGAGGCGAACAGGGAAAAGAUGGAGUCGCUGGACCACCAGGACCACCUGGCCCCAGCGGACCUCCAGGUCCAACAGAAAUUGAUGAUGUUAAUGUAAAUGACUUGAAUAAGGGAUCUUCAGGCGUCCCAAUUAUACGACCUGGAAUACCGGGAAGUAAAGGAGAACCGGGCCAACCUGGAGACUCUGGGCCCAAAGGCGAUAAAGGGCAAAUAGGGUCUAAGGGCAAUUCUGGCUCUAAAGGAGAGCGAGGAGAUCGAGGAUUGCCGGGUGAAACAGGAAGCCCAGGAGUUAAAGGAGAUUCGGGCAUUGACGGAUUUCCUGGCACGCCGGGUACUUCUGGCGUGAAAGGUGAACAAGGACCACCGGGUCCACCAGGAAAACCAGGCGUUUUAACCAACAACGGUUCCACAACAAUUCUGGAUUGUCCACCAGGGCCAGCCGGUGUGGAUGGUAGACCAGGUUUGAAAGGUGAACAAGGAGAACGAGGACCUCGCGGUUUAGUGGGGCCUCAAGGGCUUUCUGGGGAGAAGGGAGAAUCUGGAACAGAUGGAGCCUUGGGUCCAGUAGGACCACCAGGCUCCAAAGGUGAAAAAGGAGAAAGAGGUCCUGCGGGCGAAAUAUUUUUACAUAAAGGGGACCAGGGAAGUGAACAAAUAUUGAUUCUAAAGGGAGAAAAGGGCGACAUGGGCAAACGGGGACGAAGGGGAAGACAAGGUCCUCCGGGCCCUCCAGGACCUUCGGGCAAAGGAGGAGAGAUCGGAUUACCAGGAUGGAUGGGUCGACCGGGCUCAAGUGGACUUCCUGGUCCAGUUGGACCGAAAGGUGAGAAAGGAGAACCAUCCAGUGGUGGCGCAGGAACUAAAGGAGAAAAAGGAGACAAAGGAGCCGAUGGUACUCCCGGUCAACCGGGCCGUGACGGGCGAGAUUCUGAAAGCCGAUUUAUCCCAGUACCUGGACCACCAGGCCCGGCGGGUCCUCCGGGUUUACCAGGGUUAUCCAUAACUGGGCCGAAAGGAGAACCUGGAGCGUCCGUAUUCAGUGAACCAUUGUUCAAUAUACGCCCCGGACCGCAAAGUGCCAUGGAAGAACUUAGGGCUGUGCAGGAAUUAGCGGACUUAAAGGAUCUAAAAAUGGAUGCAGCAGGUCGAUCGACGGCCAGUCCGCCAAUAGCUCACGCAGUGACCCAAAAAAAAGAGACUUCCCAAGUUUCUGGAGCAAUGGCCUUCAAAUCCAGAAAUUUGAUGCUCGAAACCACAAAGGGAAGUCCCAUAGGAACAAUGGUCUACAUCAUCGAGGAGGAGUCCCUGUUGGUUCGGGUUAAUGCCGGCUGGCAAUAUGUUGCUUUAGGAGCUUUGUUGCAAACGGACUCCACACCUCUACCAACAACUACAGCACCACCGCAGGUACAUCCGCCAUUUGAAUCGAGCAAUCUCGUCAACAACAACAUGUUGCCGAAAUAUCCCGAGAUUCAUUUGGCCUCUGAAAAUGCCCACCUGCCACACCGAGGACACGCCACUCCACUUCCCGAGUUCAACUCACGCGUAAAACCUCAUGCGUCUCAAAGUCCUGAAGAGGCCAAAACGACACAAUUUGCUGCGCUACGAAUAGCCGCUCUCAAUAGUCCAUUGUCUGGAAGUGUAGGUGGAAUUCGAGGCGGAGAUUAUGAAUGUUAUAGGGAAGCCCAGCGAGCAGGAAUAAAAGGCACAUUCAGGGCAUUUUUGUCAACCCGGUCUCAGGAUGUGAGUUCUAUUGUGCGACCAAUCGAUCGAGUAUUACCGGUUUGCAACUUACGGGGCGAAGUAUUAUUCGAUUCAUGGCAGGAUAUAUUCGAUGGAAGAGGAGCUCCAUUUUCGCAUCAGCCGAGAAUAUUCUCUUUCAAUGGUAAAAACGUAAUGACAGACCCCAGUUGGCCAAUAAAAGCAGCUUGGCAUGGAGCUUUGCUAGAUGGGACUCGAGCUCUGGAUGUAUCAUGCGAAGCAUGGCAUUCAUCGUCUUAUGGAAAGUUUGGAUUGGCUGGAAGCCUCAAAGGGCAAAUGCUUCUGGAUCAAAAUCCGAUAUCCUGUGACAAAAAACUGAUCUUGCUUUGCAUAGAAUCCACCAGCGAAUUAUUCGUGCAGCGCAGAAGAAGAAGAAGAACGAUAGAUUAUGGCACUGAAGGAGAGCUAAUGUCAGAGGAACAGUAUCAUCAACUACUGAAUUCCAUUCACUAGUUUCUUUACCCUGGUCAAGUUUCUCCUCGUUUCCCAUCCACCAUGAUUUAGUUAAAUAUUAGAGGGAAAUCAAUCACAAUAUGAUACUUUAGUCAAUAAGCGAACGAAAAUUUCAUUACUUUUGUGACGUAUUAAAUUUCAAUAAUUCCAUAAUCAAACAGAAUAUUAGCAACUGUUGGUGUUUAAUUAAUAAAUAGAUGGGCAUUGUUGAUGUCUAUAAAUAGUUGAUUAUAUUAUUGAAUGCAAUGAAUUUAAUAACAGUUUGGAUCAUGACCAUAGUUAAUGUGCAAUUAAAUCGUAACAUACACCAGUUUGAUUAAGCUGUGAAUUAUUGAAAUAGCUGUAGGUAAUAAUUAACGAAUUAAAACGUUCAUAGCAGGGUAAAAGUCGGGCUUUCCGUUUCAAACUCGUAUUUGCUUUCUCACCAAAUGUCCCUAUAAACUGUUAAAAUCAGUCACUAGCAAGUAAGCUUAAAUAGCAUUUAGACAUUGAUGUUAAGAUAAUACAAUUUUUGACUGUUUACUACCAAAUAGUUGUAGAUAAAUAAGUGUUUAUAAGUGAUUGCAAAUAAUUAUCUGGCUCUCCUAGUUGUUAAAUCAUGUCUUUGAAAUCAAAUAAUUUGUUCAUACUGUCCAUGUUUAAUUAUUCAAAGUAUUUCAUUCAAGCUUGGAAUAUUCCAUGCAGCAAUGGUAUGCGAUGCUAGUAUAGCGUUGCCCUACUUUAAAUAUCAAACCCCAUCUGCACAACAUAACAUUAUCUUGAACAUCUUCUGAAAUUGCCCAUUUCCUGUUCCAUAUUAUAACAUGUUCUCUAUAACAUUUAACGAUCUAUUUAAUAUUUCAAUUCGCGCUUGCAGAAGCUUUGCCCACAAAAGUGGCAUAAUGGCAAAUCUACGUAAAAUCUCCCCACCGUUAUAUUAUUUGUAUAAAAAAGCAUUUUUGCAAUUAAUUAAAAUUAAUUUAAAUUUGCCGCCAAGAAAUAUUUUGGUGAUGCAGCAUAGAGAUGAAGAAGUGAAUAAUAUGAUAGGAGAUCCAUAUAAUAAACAUUUAGACUAGUAUUUUAUAACGUGAAUGAUAUUGGCCUAUAAAACUCGAUUUUUUUAUACUUUUAUCUAUUUAUUAUUAAGUGUAAGUCAGUAUAGUAAAUGUUAAAAUUAAGUAUGUAGCUGCAUUGUUUUCAUGACGAAUCACACUAACGACAUAAUAAUAGAUAGGUAACUGAACACAUGCGAUUUUCGUGAAAAUGGUGACAUACUUGAAGACAAAAAGUUAGUAGCAUAUUUUCGAAAGACAAUAUUCCUGAUCCUCAAAUUGUUAAAACCGAUACAAAGAAAAAGCAUAAGCUCAAACAUUGAGCAGAUCAUAACACAGAUUAUGAAAAAUUUACUGUAUUUUCAUUACAGUCAAGGUAUAGGGUGUUUCCUCGUAUGUUGUAUAAUUUUCUAUUUGCCUCAAUUUGAAUUUUUGGAGCCAAGUAUUUAAAUUCUGUAAUCGUCAAUGUUAUAAGGGAAAUUGAACAUUUCAUUUUAAUGAAACACAAAAUGUCAUAAAUCAUAAAUUAUGUGACCAUUUUAUUUGCUUAUGCCUAAUGUAUUUGUAGAUUUUUGAAUCAUUUGUGUUUAAUGUAAGUUUUCUUAAAUUACUUAGUAGACUUUAGAUGUUUGCAUAUUAAAACGUUAAUUCCACGCGUUCAAUUAUUCAUACAAAUUGUUCGCAUUUCUCCCGUAACUAAAAUGUGUAUUAAAUGUGUUGACGAUAGCAGGAAGAAUGAUCAAUUAUGAAACAUGUAUUAUAAAGCACGGUUGCAUUAUAAAAAAUAUACGAAGCUAAAAUUAAACAUAUUUUAAUUAUUUUGCUUGUGGUCUAGUUCAUUAUCCAAUAUCAUAAUGAUUUCAUUUGUUAUAAAAAAAUAUUAUCAUAGUCUUUUUGCGGGUUUGUUAUCCAUUUAUGAAUAUUUAAUUUCUCAAAUAUGCAUAUAUGUACUGGAAUAAUCGAACAUGUUUUUGCAUUAAAUUUAAUAAUUUUGCGAAGUUAGGCAUUGUGAUUAAUGUUUAAAAACACUGGAUUUUCUUAACUUUAAAUUGUGUAUUUUUGUAUUUGAAAUAAGAAUUUUAGUAAAUAGUAAUAGUUAUAUAUUACGGUCAUUAAAUUACAUUUUCAUACCAAAUUGUAAUUCUGCAGAAGCAAAUAAAUUACCUGUGCGCGGGUAUAUAAAUAAAAAAAAUAAACGUAAAUGUUUAUGUAUAUUUAAUUCAUAAAAACGAUAGCUCAAUAUUGUCAUAAUGAUUAAUGUUCCUGUUUUCUCUUUCUCGGUGUUUUUCUUUUCCUGUAGCUGCUUCUUAUAUUUGAAACAUAUUUAAAAAAAGGUGUGAGUCGCGGGACGCACGACAGAAGUGAUACCUAAAUAUUAUUAAUAGAUGUUAAUAAUAAAUACCAUUAAGUAUUGAACUUGUUUAAUGCACGAUGGCUCAAUUCAAUCAAUUCAAUCAUUAUCUAAUCCUACAAAAGUGACCAUUGGUUUACGAUAACUGUAAUAAGAAACGAAUUGUGAGACUCGAUUUUAUCUUGCUCGAUUGUAGCUUGUUCUGGAUUAUUUAGCACCUUUAAAUGCAACUUUGAUUCCAGAAAUGACAUUAAAUUUCAUUGCCUCUAUCAGAAGAAAAAUCAACAUUAAAAUAUCCACUAAAGAUGAAUGGAAAUCUAUGGUAGUUUUGGCAAAGGCAAGUAGUUUUCGUCCGAACUGCAUUCGUCAGACAUCGUGCGAAAAGGACCAAAUAAUCCAAUUUCAUUGCAACGUGCUGGAGCUCGUCCACUAGAACUGAAGUAUUUUGUACGAAUUCCGACGAACCAUUGCGAUGUGCGAACUAUCUGAAACAAAUAGGACUAGUUUACAGAUUCGCAGUGUUUCUGACUGAAUAGAGAAUAAUUUUGUAACACACUGAGUUGAAAUGAAUGUUGUUCUUUUUAAAUUUUAUCUCCAAAUUAUUUUCGUUUUGCUAAUGUAUUAGCAACCGAAUAGUUUUUUCUUCCUUUUGAACUAUUAUCGACUGCUCACAAGAUAAUUAUUUUCCAAUAGAAAAUUUCAUUUUACUUACAAUCGUUCGUGCAAAUUCGUACGAAUGAUUUCGGAUCUAGUAGAAGAGUUUCUAUACAUUCUAAUGAAGUUGGAUCAUCAACUACUUUUCGCACGAUUUUUGACGAAAGCAGGUCGGACGAAAACGCAUCCAAAGGAAGCCGGCCCACGGACUAAACACUAUUAUAUUCUCAUAAACGGACCACAGUCUACACACUAUUACAAUAGACGACCGGCCGAAUGGAACCAGGUGGAGCCAACGCGGUUAUGUGCGUGCGACAGAGAACUGCUUAGCUACUUGUCUUUAUGUAUGCCAGACAUAUCGACGCCGUUGCGCAUGCCAAUCCAUUCACACCCUGCCAUAAGAGAUUAUCACUUCAAAAAGAGCUUUUAUAUUCGUUUUGGUCAUUAAUUUAAUUACUCACAAAAAUAAAUAGCAAAUUCAAUGAAUGAAAGAAUCCGAGAACGUUCUCAGAUAUAUUAAAAUGUUUUAAAUGUAAACAUAUAAGGUUUUUACUGAAAUGCUAGUAUUUUUGUCAUCGCCGUUUCCUGCGAAAUUCGAUAUAAUAUUAAGAUGACACUAUCCAGCAAAUUUCUCGAAGAAUUUAUAUGUUUUCUGGUAGUACCCACCUACUAUACAAAAAUUAAAACAAAGGUAAAAUAAUGCUGAAACACUCUGUACAUUGUCUUGAAUCACAUAUCGCAGUACACAUCAUUUUUGUAAAAUGGCAUUUAGGUAACUUUGCAAGUACAUAACUAAUUAAGACUUAUUGUAAAGCUCCGAAAAGUUACCUCCAUGAUAGAGAAAUUUACUGGCAACUGUUGUAAAUCAGGUUUGGUCAAAGUAAUUCGAACUUUGCCAUUAUGGGACUAAACUAAAAAAUUCCCAGAAAAAUUAUGUAUCAUGGAAUUAAUUGAAUUAUAUUAAUUACGAGUCUAGAUUUUUAAGUGCACAGUGUGUGAUUCAAAUUGUAUAUUAUAUGUAAUUAAGUAAUUGAAAGUUAUAACUAUUAAGCAAAUCAAUAAAAUGUACUUAAGUA